AUGAGCAAAUCGACUUCACCCGCAAUUGUUCCAUGUAUAAUAUUUGAAAUGAUCAUCACCGAACAGAUCCGUGGUCUUCCAUCGGAGAGAGAGUAUGAGCGCUACUUCACAGCCAAACAGUUAAUCGCCGUAUGUAAUCUAUUAUUUUCAACUAUUAACAUAAUAUGGCGGGACGGGAACGGAUGGGAAGAAGACGGGAAAGGGAUAAUUGCAGAAAAGAUGCUUCUCUUCAUUGACAUUCCAUGGAGGAAAGAUGAUGAAGCCCUGGAAGACAUUCUUUUCUCACAUUAUACUGCAGCAUUAAAUGCUGAUGAAGGGAUUCGUUCUGUAAUCUAA